AAGCUUAAGGGAAAAUCCGCUAUGACAGAGAAAUACCUUUUCCUUUAUCUUUACCUCCUUCCCAUGCCCCUGCUCUCACAAGCCCAAUGGAGUGAAAAUUUGCUUGUCAAUUUCUCCAAAAUCAUUGCUUCUGGAAACCAUCUAACCAACUGUUGGAUUUGUCACGACUUCAUCACCAGAUCCUCAUCUUACCAAUAUAUUUUGUUAAGAAAUUUUUCUCUAAACCUAACAUUUGGUUCAGGAAUCCCUGAAGGCCAACAUAAAUCUGUUCCGCUCCAGGUUUCACUUGCUAACUCAGCGUACCAAGUCCCCUGCCUGGAUCUCACUCCACCUUUCAAUCAAAGCUAUAAAACUUCUGUGUAUUUGUUCAACUGCUCUUCUCUAAACCAAACCUGUUGUCCGUGCCCUCGAGGACACUGUGACUGGAACGUCACCUUGGCGGAGGAAUUCCCCAUUCCCACCAUCCAGCCCAUGAGCUUUUCCUCAACAGGUUGCCACCCUAACUUGACUCACUGGUGCCCAGCUGGCAAUCACCCAGUGAAUAAUCCAAAGAAGCCACUCCAGAAUCAGUGUACAGCCUGGGAAGGAAAAGAGCUAAUAACAUGGAGGGUUCUGUAUUCGCUUCCCAAGGCACACACUGCCCACAUUUGGCCAAAAGGUAGCGCUCUCCAGGGAGGGCCUCUAUCCCCUACAUGCAAUCAAACAAUUCAAACAGGGUGGAAGUCGCAUUUACACAGGUGGUUCAACACCAAAAGCCCCCGGUGGGCCUGUACCCCUCCUGGCUAUGUAUUUUUAUGUGGACCAAAGCAAAAUAAACUGCCCUUUGAGGGAAGUCCUAAGAGAACUUAUUCGAACCCCCCUUCGGCAAACCUCUUUACCUGCAUCAAUAACAUCCAACAUGUGGGGGAGUGUGCUGUGGGACUUUUGGGGCCACGGGGGGUAGGGGUAACCGUUUAUAACACCACCCAACCCAGACAGAAAAGAGCUCUGGGUCUCAUAUUGGCAGGGAUAGGAGCGACCGUAGGAAUGAUCGCCCCGUGGGGAGGGUUCGCCUAUCAUGAAAUCACCCUCCGAAAUCUCUCCACGCAAAUAGGGAACCUGGCUAAGAGCACCGGAGACGCCAUCUCUAAACUCAAGGCCUCCCUGGAUUCUCUGGCCAACGUGGUCAUGGACAACAGAUUGGCCUUAGAUUACCUCUUAGCAGAGCAGGGUGGAGUCUGUGCCGUGAUCAAUCAAUCUUGUUGCACUUAUGUCAAUAACAGUGGGGCAAUAGAGGAGGAUAUCAGAAAGAUCUAUGACCACGCUACGUGGCUCCAUGAGUUUGGAAAAGGAGGUGCUUCCGAAGGGUCCAUUUGGAAGGCUGUGACGUCUGCUCUCCCCUCCCACACGUGGUUUGUCCCUUUAUUGGGACCAGCUGCACUUAUAGUCUUCCUUCUCCUUUUUGGCCCUUGUCUCUAUAAUUUACUGAUUAAAUGUGUCUCUUCCAGGAUACGGCAAUUUCACUCACAGCCCCUAAAAAUGGAAAGCCAUCAUCCAAUCGUCCCUGGAGGUCCCAGCACCUACAAGUACAUCUCCCCCUUGGAUGCCAGCGGGCAAAGAUUCCGGGAAACUACAGAGGGGCUCCUUCCCUGACAGAGAGCAAGAGACGGAGACCCUGAUGACUUCUUCGUCCCAUGUCAGCAGGAAGUAGUUACAGAAGACCCACGACGUCCUUACACCCAAAGCCUUUCAGGGUCUCCAUCUCUUGAGGGGAAUUGUUAGGGUAGGCAGUUAGGUAGGCAUGAGCAGGCAAGAGAGCCCCUGGGAAAGGAAUCUUUAGAAACACAGCCCACUGAUGGCCUC